UACACAACAUUACCAAACUCCAUCUCCCCUUCAAAAAUUCCUCAAAACUCAUCAAAAAAAUGGGUUCUUGCAUUAGCAAAUGCAAACCUAAGAAGAAAUCCAAGGAAGAAGAUAUUGUUGUCCAAGACAAGGUCGCAAUCUCAAGAGAUCCUCCCCCGACCGAAAUGACCAUAAUGCCCUCACACAAGCCUCUCUCCCCAACUUCUUCCACCGCUUCUUUUUCCUCAUUUUCAUGCUCCGCCGCCGCCGCAGCAGCUUCCUCGGUAUCUUCCUCCUCUUCGUCUUCUUAUUCGACUAACUGUGUAUCGAAAGACCGCUCUUUCUCGAACGAAUUCCUGAGGUCUUGCGCCAAGGAAAAUCCACACGCCAUCGCCGGCCUUAGCGUCGACAAAACGGCGCCGUUAUUCCCUAACAAGAUUCCUUCUCGGAAUCUCCCUCCGUCGCCGGCGCCGGCGGCUAAGAAGAGGGCGCGUGCGGCUUCGCCGACUCUGGUGAGGCAGAAGAGCUUCAGAAGAGAGCCGAAUAGAGGCCUCCGGUCGCCUUCUCCGAGCCGGAGAUUCAACGGCGACGUUAACAGAAUCUUUCCAUCUCGGGAAAAUGGUUAUAACGGGAAAUCGGCUGUGUCCGGAGGGAGUAAUGCGGCUCUGAAAAGGGAAAGUUUUCGAGGGGCGGUUCCUAAAAGGGAAAGUUUUCGGGCUCCGAAGGCCGAAUUGAGCACGAGGCGUGUGUAUUCUUCGGUGAGGAAAAUUGAUGGAUUUCGUGAGCAUAUUAGUAGUAAGAUUGAAGGUAAAGAAAUAGAUGUUGUGAUGGAGGAUAUUGAUAAUCCUCAUAUUGCCUUGGAUUGUUUCAUUUUUCUCUGAUUUUUUUGUUAGGUUUUUGCA